AUGGCAUUUUAUUUUCUGGUUCAGAAUUCAGUACAGGAUCAUGUUAAACCUUCUCUCGAUGAAGCUUUUGUCAUCCAAGAACAGAAUGUUGCACUAAAUUUCAUUGGCUCAAGAGGGGCAAAGCCUGGUGUCACUAAAGAGAAAAGAAUUAAAUAUGCAAAAGAAGUCUUACAGAAAGAAAUGCUCCCUCACGUUGGUGUCAGUGAUUUUUCUGAGACCAAAAAAGCUUAUUUCUUGGGGUAUAUGGUGCAUAGGGUACUUCAGGCAGCUUUGGGUAGGAGAGAAUUAGAUGACAGAGAUCACUAUGGAAACAAAAGAUUGGAUCUUGCUGGACCACUACUUGCAUUUUUAUUUAGAGGCAUGUUUAAGAAUUUGCUUAAAGAAGUACGGAUCUAUGCACAGAAGUUUAUUGAUCGAGGAAAGGAUUUUAACUUGGAGUUGGCAAUUAAAACAAGGAUUAUAUCUGAUGGCCUAAAAUACUCUUUAGCUACUGGAAACUGGGGUGACCAAAAGAAAGCUCAUCAAGCCAGAGCUGGAGUAUCUCAGGUGUUAAACCGCCUGACGUUUGCAUCUACUCUUUCUCACCUGCGUCGUUUAAAUUCUCCAAUCGGUAGAGAUGGCAAGCUGGCAAAACCGAGGCAGUUGCAUAACACGUUGUGGGGAAUGGUGUGUCCUGCUGAGACUCCAGAGGGCCAUGCUGUAGGACUUGUGAAGAAUUUAGCCCUGAUGGCUUAUAUUUCAGUUGGAUCUCAACCUUCUCCAAUUCUGGAAUUUUUAGAAGAAUGGAGUAUGGAAAAUUUAGAAGAAAUUUCUCCUGCAGCUAUUGCUGAUGCAACCAAGAUUUUUGUUAAUGGCUGCUGGGUUGGAAUACAUAAAGAUCCUGAACAACUUAUGAACACUCUAAGGAAAUUGCGGCGUCAGAUGGACAUCAUUGUGUCUGAAGUUUCUAUGAUCAGAGAUAUUCGAGAGAACAAAAUUGAGAUAUAUUUCACAUGCCAGAAUAGUCACUCUUUAAAAGUAUAUAGUUCAGUGUUAGUUAAAAGAGUUCAGGAAUUAAGGAAAUUAAGAGAAUUCUUUUUUUUUUUUAGUUGGCAGGAUCUUGUGGUCAGUGGGGUAGUGGAAUAUGUUGAUACUCUAGAAGAAGAAACAGUGAUGCUGGCAAUGACUCCAAAUGAUUUGCAAGAGAAAGGAGUAGCUUAUUGUUCCACAUAUACACACUGUGAGAUUCACCCAUCAAUGAUUCUUGGUGUCUGUGCAUCUAUUAUUCCAUUUCCUGAUCAUAACCAGUCUCCUAGAAACACAUACCAGUCUGCUAUGGGUAAGCAGGCCAUGGGAGUUUAUAUCACCAACUUUCACGUCCGUAUGGAUACAUUGGCCCAUGUUCUCUAUUAUCCUCAAAAACCGCUUGUGACUACACGGUCUAUGGAAUAUCUGCGAUUUAGAGAGCUGCCAGCAGGUAUCAACUCAAUUGUGGCCAUUGCAUCAUACACUGGAUAUAAUCAAGAAGAUUCCGUUAUCAUGAAUCGUUCAGCGAUAGACAGAGGCUUUUUCAGGUCUGUUUUCUAUCGAUCAUACAAAGAACAGGAGUCUCAAAAAGGAUUCAACCAAGAAGUUUUUGAGAAGCCUACACGUGAAACAUGCCAGGAUUCCGCCCUCACAGGGCCCGGCCUUGCACAGAUCCCACGGACUUUACCCCACAAACUCCAGGGAGAAAGUGUCUUGUACAAUGGAUUCACUGGUAGAAAAAUCACAUCACAAAUUUUCAUCGGCCCCACUUAUUACCAGCGUUUGAAGCAUAUGGUGGAUGACAAGAUUCAUUCUCGUGCUAGGGGGCCUAUUCAGAUCCUUAACAGACAGCCCAUGGAGGGUAGAUCCCGACAAAGCCACCGUGGCUACAAGGGCCGAGGGCCUGCAGCCGUGGCUGCAAGGGCUGGUCCAGCACUACGGUCCCUUUUGCAGAGGCUGCGGGAGAAGGCGCUGCAGGAGAAGGCAAAAGGGAGAAGGCCGGCGCUAAGGGGGAAGAGGGAAGGUGGCAGUUAG